AAACAUCAAAAACCCUAAACCCUAAUGUUCCUCUAUAAAACACCGCCCGAAGGCCCAUAGAGCAAUCGCUGCCGUCUGUUGCUGAAAAGUUAAAACCCCUUUGAUUUGCUUCUCUUUCUCUCUCGACUCUCAGAGUAGCAGCAAUGAGACCUCCUCGAGGGCGUGGCGGUAAUGGCGGUGGUGGCAGGGGUUUUGGAGGUGGAAGAGGCGGUGACAGAGGUAGAGGCAGAGGUUUUGGAGGUGGAAGAGGCGGCGACAGAGGUGGUGGUGCUAUGAGAGGAGGCCGUGGUGGAGGACGAGGUGCGAGCCGAGGAGGCGGUGGAAGAGGUAGAGGUGGAGGUAGAGGCGGAAUGAGAGGUGGUACCAAGGUUGUGGUUGAGCCUCAUAGACACGGCGGAGUCUUCAUCGCUAAGGGUAAAGAAGAUGCUAUUGUUACUAAGAAUUUGGUCCCCGGUGAAGCUGUCUACAAUGAGAAGAGGGUCUCCGUGCAGAAUGAGGAUGGAACAAAAAUUGAAUACAGAGUCUGGAACCCAUUUCGGUCGAAGUUGGCGGCUGCAAUUAUUGGUGGUGUUGAUGAGAUAUGGAUUAAACCUGGUGCUCGAGUUCUCUACCUUGGGGCUGCUUCUGGAACCACUGUCUCUCACGUGUCUGACAUUGUUGGCCCUAAUGGAGUAGUUUAUGCAGUGGAGUUUUCUCAUAGAAGUGGCAGAGACUUGGUUAACAUGGCGAAGAAGCGGACAAAUGUAAUCCCAAUCAUUGAAGAUGCUAGACAUCCUUCCAAGUACCGUAUGCUUGUUGGCAUGGUUGAUGUGAUAUUCUCCGACGUUGCUCAACCGGAUCAGGCAAGGAUUUUAGCACUGAAUGCAUCAUAUUUUCUGAAAGCUGGCGGCCAUUUUGUAAUUUCCAUAAAGGCCAACUGUAUUGACUCAACCCAGCCUGCUGAGGCCGUAUUUCAGAGUGAGGUGAACAAGCUGAAGCAGGAUCAAUUCAAGCCAUUUGAACAAGUUACUCUUGAACCCUAUGAGCGUGACCAUGCUUGUGUGGUUGGUGGCUACCGUGUCCCUAAAAAAACAAAAGCUGCUGCCUAGAGGGUUGUUGAGAUGUGGUUACAUUUUUGUUCUUCUCUUUGUUUUUUCCCGAUUGAGUUGGGGGGAUGUCUCAAGAUAUAUGGUUAUAGUUGUAUUGAAACAUCAUUGUUCCCUCUCAAUCUCUUCGAAGUAUUGCCCUUAAAACAAUUCCCGAUACUCUUUUUUAUGAAUAUCGAUCUUUCUAAGUAA